CUUGUGAUCAUCUUGAUAGACUGACAGUUCGGGCAAAAUCGCCGUCAAGAUUUCCGAAUUGGCUCUAGUUCAGUUAUGUAGAGAGUGCUUCUGUUUAUUGUGGCUGAUUUGGCUGAUUUGGCUGAUUUGGCUGAUUCGGGAUGGGGAGAAAUGUCAAGACCGGCUACCCGAAUGCGGUCUGGAGUUUGUUGUAACUUGUCAGUGUGGCCGUUCCCGGUGCUGGGCCGGCUUCUCUUGUUCACCUCCCGUCUGUUCUCUAACUUAGCGGGGAAUACUGUACACUGCCUUUGUUCGGCACAUCAGGUGCUAAAUCUAUUCACUUUCCACCUUAGAUUCGAAAUCCACGGCAGGGUCUUAGAGAUACCUCGGAGAUGGGUUGGCAACAAACCUCCUCGGGCACCGGCGAGAGCCAGUGUUGUCCCCACCGGUCGGCUUUGCGCACCAGAAACCCUCCCGGCUAACGCACUCUCUCGGGACUAGUCCCGACACUGGACAAUGGCGAUCGUCGGCCUGGCCUCGUGUCUUGUCGUCUCAACUUCUCAACACUCCAGUCUCCACACUC